CUUCGCUUUGUCGAGCAAUAUCUUAUCUAUCGGCAAAAAUAGAAUUAUUUAAUGUCUAGUACAAAAAAAUAUUCGAAGAGCAUGAUAUAAUUUGUGACAAUUAGUGUUUACGUGCCAAUUGAUGAACUCACAUUCCAAUAUUGCUCCAUUCCAAAUUUAAUUCCAGACCUAAAAAUAAAAAUUUUUCAUAAUUUAUGCCGAUUGAAGUCAUUCGAGGAGAAACGGAAGUUAAUUUACCUUUUUGAGACGCAGAAGCAGCGGUGUGUGAGAAAUUUUUGUGAUUUAAUUGCUGUGAUAAAGCAAGCGGUGACCGACCGAAACUCUUACUUACAUCACCAAACUUGUUCUGACAAGAAAAUCAUAUUUUGGAUCUAACCUGUUGCUCGUACAGCGCUCGGUCAUAUGGUAACGACGACACCGAAGUAUGACAUAAUUCUCAAAUUUGUAUAAAAUUACUUCUCAUCGUGUGCAUUGUUUGCUUCGCUUGUUCACAUCGUAGCCGUGUCAUAAUUUUGUACGUCAAGUCAUGUCGUUCUCAAUGAACAAAUUAAAAAAUUUGCUGCCCACAAAGACGAGUUACAGCAAUUUUGCGGCGUCAAAUGCACGUAAAGGUGAAACGAAUGAAAAAUUGGAGCCAGAAGUGGGUUUUAAAUUGGCGCUUGAUUCGGGAAAAGCUAAAAAUUCCAAAGAAAAGGAUCGACCACCGGAAUUGGUGGUGACUCUCAUCGGAGCGAGACAUCUUCCGACCAGUUUUGGGCUCAAAAGUGUCAAAGGAUACGUGGUUAAGGUGAAACUUUUUCCUGGAUCGGUGAAAUUCGAGUCGAGUAUUCAGACAGCUUCGUGGCCAAAGUUCAAUGACACUUUUCGAUUUCCCAUGGGACCGUCUUUGAAGUCAUCAAUGAAGCAGAAAAAACAUACCGUGAAUAAUCCGGACCAACCACUUCCUGAACGUCUCUUCAACGGACAUUUUAUCGUUUUUACGGUUUUUGCUUUGUUGGAACUUCCUCCUGGCGCUCAGAGCAAAAUACAAGAAGCCUAUUCGGAGUUCAAACGUCAAGGCAGCUUGCUCCUAAAACAACGUCCUGCUUCUUUAAUGAAAGGAAACAGUGUCACGGAAGAACCGAAAAACGACGGAAAAGCAAAAGUUGAUAAAACAGAAGAAAUUCCUAAAGAAAAAAUUCUCACAGCAAGCGAAAGUCAAAGAAACAUCGGAUCCGUGACAUGGGCCGUCGAUCCCAAAAUGUUCUUCGAAGAGGCAAAAGCCGAUCAUUAUAUCACCGAAGAAAUGUGGAAAGCCAUCAAGGAAAUUACGAUCAAUCAUGUUUCGGAAUCCAGAGUUUCUGUUCAAUCGAGUGCCAAAGGACAGCUGGAACUCAUUUUAGAACUUGCGGAAUGUGAGCCACCACCAACUCCGACCUCGCCUCAAGGUGAUUCGCAUCCCGGAAAUCCCUUUGAUGAGCCCGAAACGCCCAAAACACCCUCAGAUACUCGCAAAUUCAGCUUCAAAGGCGUCAAAAGCCUCAUGAAACUCAAUAAAAAGCCAAAAAAUCGCGCCUUGUGUCUCCGAGUUGUCACUUCACGCAUGCGGUGUUCCAUCAAAGCCAAGGAGGAGUUCGAGAAAAGUGCUUCUGACAUGUACAUCAAAACAUCAGUAUUUAAACAUGACACGCCAUUAAAAGCAUGGAAAUCCGAAAAUUUUGCUCCAACACUAUCGAGUCGUUGGGAUCCGAGUGAGGCGACAAUUUCCAUUCCAUUGUGUGACGAAAGUGAUUUGGAGAGCAUCAAUAUUAGGAUCUCAGUUGCGACCAAAAAUAAAAUGGGAAAGAAAUUGGUGUUUGGAGAAAUUAACUUGGGACCGAAGGCGACGGGAACGUUACUUGAGCACUGGGGAAAUAUGAUCAGUGGAAGGGGCGCUCCAGUGUCAAUGUGGCAUAAUUUUCAAUAAAAUUUAAAAAAGAAAUUUUGCGAAACAAACAAAGUGAUUAAA